CAAGUCCCGACGGCCACCGGGGCUGAGCACUUCCGGCUCGCGCGUCCUGUCCCUUUCCCGGCCGGCGGCCGAGGGGGCACGAUGGAGCGAGAGGGCUGCACCGCUGUUCUCCGGCAGCUGCGGGGGCCGCCAUCCGCAGACCCUAGAUGCCUCCCUAGAGCAUGAGCUUGGGCAAGAACGCCCGCUACAGCCGCUUCUCUGGGGGGCCUGCCAGCUUGCCCGCCCCUGCCGCUGCUGCUGGGGACAGGGCCAAGCUGCCUCCGUUCUCUCUCCAGACCAGAAUGGAAACCACCUUUGGGCCUGCUUUUUCAGCCGUCACGAGCGUCACGAAAGCUGAUGGAACUGGCACAUACAAACAGCACCGCAGGUCGCCCUCCUCCUCCAGCACCCUGGCCUACUCGCCGCGGGAUGAUGAGGAUAGCAUGCCCCCCAUCAGCACGCCCCGCCGCUCUGACUCGGCCAUCUCCGUCCGCUCCCUGCACUCCGAGUCCAGCAUGUCCCUGCGCUCCACGUUCUCACUGGCCGAGGAGGAGGAGGAGCUGGAGCCGCUGGUGUUCGCCGAGCAGCCCUCAGUGAAGCUGUGCUGCCAGCUCUGCUGCAGCGUCUUCAAGGACCCCGUGAUCACCACGUGUGGGCACACAUUCUGUAGAAGAUGCGCUUUGAAGUCAGAGAAGUGCCCCGUGGACCACGCCAAGCUGACGGUGGUGGUGAACAACAUUGCGGUGGCUGAGCAGAUCGGGGAGCUCUUCAUCCACUGCAGGCACGGCUGCCGGGUGGCGGGCGCCGGGAAGCCCCCCGUAUUCGAAGUGGAUCCCCGUGGGUGCCCCUUCACCAUCAAGCUCAGCGCCCGGAAGGAGCACGAGGCCAGUUGUGAGUACAGACCCGUGCGCUGCCCCAACAACCCCGGCUGCCCCCCGCUGCUCACCAUGAAUCUGGAGGCGCACCUCAAAGCGUGCGAGCACAUCAAGUGUCCUCACUCCAAGUACGGGUGCACGUUCGUCGGGAACCAGGACACGUAUGAGACGCACCUGGAGACCUGCCGCUUCGAGGGUCUGAAGGAGUUCCUGCAGCAGACAGACGACCGCUUCCACGAGAUGCACGUGGCGCUGGCGCAGAAGGAGCAGGAGAUCGGCUUCCUGCGCUCCAUGCUGGGCAAGCUCUCCGAAAGGGUCGACCAGCUGGAGAAGAGCCUGGAACUCAAGUUUGACGUGCUGGACGAGAACCAGAGCAAGCUCAGUGAGGACCUCAUGGAGUUCCGAAGGGACGCGUCCAUGCUGAACGACGAGCUGUCCCACAUCAAUGCGCGGCUGAACAUGGGCAUCCUGGGCUCUUACGACCCUCAGCAAAUUUUCAAGUGCAAAGGGACCUUCGUGGGCCACCAGGGCCCAGUCUGGUGUCUGUGUGUCUACUCCAUGGGAGACCUGCUCUUCAGCGGCUCCUCUGACAAGACCAUCAAGGUGUGGGACACAUGUACCACCUACAAGUGCCAGAAGACACUGGAGGGCCACGAUGGCAUUGUGCUGGCCCUCUGCAUCCAGGGGUGCAAACUCUACAGUGGCUCAGCAGACUGCACCAUCAUCGUGUGGGACAUCCAGAACCUGCAGAAGGUGAACACCAUCCGGGCCCAUGACAACCCUGUGUGCACGCUGGUCUCCUCCCACAACAUGCUCUUUAGCGGCUCCCUGAAGGCCAUCAAGGUCUGGGAUAUUGUGGGCACUGAGCUGAAGCUGAAGAAGGAGCUCACGGGCCUCAACCACUGGGUACGGGCUCUGGUGGCCGCUCAGAGCUACCUGUACAGCGGCUCCUACCAGACAAUCAAGAUCUGGGACAUCCGGACCCUCGACUGUAUCCAUGUCCUACAGACGUCUGGCGGAAGUGUCUACUCAAUCGCGGUGACGAAUCACCACAUCGUGUGUGGCACCUACGAGAACCUCAUCCAUGUGUGGGACAUUGAGUCCAAGGAGCAGGUGCGGACGCUGACAGGCCACGUGGGCACAGUAUAUGCCCUGGCAGUCAUCUCAACGCCGGACCAGACCAAAGUCUUCAGUGCAUCCUACGACCGAUCCCUGAGGGUCUGGAGCAUGGACAACAUGAUCUGCACACAGACCCUGCUGCGCCACCAGGGCAGUGUGACGGCGCUGGCCGUAUCCCGGGGCCGGCUCUUCUCAGGGGCCGUGGACAGCACCGUGAAGGUUUGGACUUGUUAGCUGAAGCCAGGCCAGGCUAGCCACAUGACCAGGUCUCGGGGUCUUCUGCCUGCCCUGGGGAAUGGGUGGACGGGCUCAGGUGGUCGGCAGUGCCUUUCCUGCCCCACACUCAGCCUCACUCCCUCGGCCUGGUCCUUCCUGUUGCCCAGACAGUGGCCAGGCCCCUCUCCCUGGGCGCCAGGUACGCCGCCCGCAGCCCUGCCUGCCCUGUGCCGGCCCGCGGGCCUUUUUAUUACCCUUUUCUACUGUUUUUAGGCUUACAUAGAUUUGAUUACUCCUGAUGAAUAAACGCUGCACCCACUGUGGCUGUGUGUGGGAGAGGGCGUCGCUGGCACCUCCCAGCCUCCCUGCCACCCCAAUUCCCGGCCUCCAGGCCCAGUGCUCCCCCUGCCCAACACGUGCACCCCGACAGACAAGCCACGCCUUCACAGAUUGAGCCAGGCAGCUCCAUUUUCUGCUGUUUAUUGCCGGCCCAGCCCUCCCCGCCCACUGCCGGAGCCCCCCGCCUGGGCCACCCUCCCCCGCCCAGGAGAGGCCAGUGGACACCCAGGU